GUGGCAAGGAAGGCUUAAGCCAGGAUCUCUAGAGGAUCUCUAAAAUAUUAUUUUUUUUUCCCCAAAAUCUUAGGGCUUUUCUUUUCUUUCCUUUUUCUUUUUUACAAAUUACAUACAUACCGCGAGCAAGCCAAAACUUCGCCAGCAACAUGGAUGAUGGAUGCUUGCGCAUAUGCGUAUGUGGUGAAACAACAUCUUGAACAACACAUCUUUCAGUUAAUCAAAGCAAAGUGCCGAGCUUACCUCGGGCUCUUAUUAAUUUCCUUGCCGUUGUUGCGUUCAAAGUCCAAAGAAGAAAAAGCAUAGUCGCUUUUCUUGAAACCACGACAAGAAAGUAUGGUACCGACCUACCUUUGGAUGGUACCUAUGAUAUGGGAUGGGAUGGGAUGGGAUGGGCAUCAUGGGAUGGUAUGCAACUAUUAUUAGUGAGAAUGUCUAGUGCUUCCCUGAUGCUACACCGUUCAACACAUGGUCAAAUACCUAACCGUAGCGUUGGAGACAGAACCAAUCCUUGGGCAACAUCUGGCAUUCAAAAAAAACAGCUAACUGGCCCGGAGCUUUUGGUACCUUGCAGAAACCGUCAUCACCGUACGACUACACAUCAAUGUUUGAUACAUUACCACCUCAUCAUCCAAUGUUCCCCUAUCCCCCCUUUCCUUUUCUUUCCAAACGUAGGGAAAGAGUAAUUAAGGGUUUGGUGAAGGAAUGGGAGGAAUAGUUGCAUGUUGG